AUGAAAACAAGACAAAUAACGCCGAGCCCUCUAACGAUUUCAUCAUCUUCAAAUCGUCCCGAAAAACAUUCGAAUAAUAACAUUAAAACUUGCUGCUUUGGAAGAAACUUUAGUUUACGAGUGAAAACUACUUUCGUAUUAAUUAUAAUGUUUCUCGGAUUGAUGGCACUUUGUCUGGGGAUUUUACUAGCUGCCUUUUUCGUGGUUUUUCAAAAUGUGGAAUAUCAACAAGCUAAAGAAGCAAGUAAACGAGUUUCUCGAGCAUUAUUGGACGAUUUGAAUUAUUUACAGUCAAAAGUAUUCGAAUUUGGAGCAUUUGAUGAUACAGUUUCCGUCUAUGAAAAUCUCACUCAGGAAAAUAUUGGAAAUUACACUGAAAUGUAUUGGCACUGUGUUUAUUUAAAUAGUGUGAAUGUGAAUAUGGCUUUUCUUUAUUCGAAAGAUGGAACUUUAAUUACAAAAGUUCAUUGCUUUAAGGGGCAAAUGAUAGAACAAGUUCCUGAUGAGUUUUCAAGUUUGGAAAAGAAUUCGUAUGGAAAUUUCUUUUUACAAGAUAUUGAAAAUGUUUGGAGUAGGAAAUCUGGAAUUUUAAUUCCAAAAAAGACAAUUUUUGAGAUGGCAACUUCUGAUGAAUCGAGGAAUUUCCUUUCGAGUUAUGAAUCGAAUGUGACGAAUAUUGUGUUGGUAGCUGCAAUGCCAGUGCAGAGUACAAAUUAUGAUUAUUCGAGAGGUUUAGUCUUGUUUGCCAAGUAUCAAUUGGAUGAACAUGCUUUGGAUAUGGCUGAAAGAACUCAACUUUGCAUGACCAUGAUGAAUUUGAAAAACGAAACUGACCUCUAUUCAUUCAAGGAAUCGAUUGGAUCGUUGGAUACGAAUGCAUUUUCGAGUGGAACUGAUUGGAAAGUAACAAAUAUUACAACCUCAUCCUAUUUAACUGAUUGGAUUGAUAACGAAUCGUCGUUGGUUCAGUUUUUGGACUCGAGUGAAGAAAAUUCAGUGAAAUUGAAUAAUCGUCAAUGUUGGAAAGAUAAUAUGAAUGAUGAAAGUUCUGUUUCCUUCAAUGCUGGAUCUCCUACCGAUAGAAUGGCUUCCUAUCAAGCAUUCUACACACUAGAUGGAGAAAAGUCACUCAUUAUUCGAUCCGAUAUUCCAAGAAAGACAUUUCAAAUAGGAAUGGCAUCAUUUCUAGUUGUUUGGUCAGUCAUGACUUUUAUGAUUGUUGUCAUGUCAAUUGCCAUUGUCUGUUUUGUGGAAAUGAUAGUUCUGAGAAGAGUCAUCUCACUAUCAAGUACUGUACAACGUGUGCACGACACUGUUAAUUAUGCAAUUAGAGCUCCAAAACUAGGAAAUGAUGAACUAGGUCAAUUAUCCAAAGAUCUUAACACCAUGCUCGGAGAGAUUGAACAUGUGCAAAAUCAACUCGAAAAGGACAAUACAGUGAUGCAGGAUUUAUUGGAGAAGACUGCUCUCGAAGAGGCCAAGAGUAGAUGCGUCAUGAAUAGUAUUGACGAUUUCAUUGUAACUGUUGACUGCUCAAAUGGCAUGCUUCUCAAUAUCAACCUCUCAUUUGAGAGUAGAAUCUUGAGAAAACAGAGAGCUUCCGUAAAUUUUGAAGCACUCCCCUUCAAUCAAGCUGUCUUUGCCUAUUUUAAGGAAAUUCCAUCAUUGGAAUUGCUUUUACAAAAAUUGGAAAAUCUUGCCACGACUGGAUCACAUUGGGAAACUACCAUUCUAUCAGGAUUUGGAUUGAAUAUUCCAGUACAUGUCACUGCUAAAAGAAUUAAGGUAAUUAUGGGUAAAUUCACACGAGUGGAUGCAUACAUGAUUGUUGCCAGAAAUUUGAGCGAUCAAAACGAAAUGAAACAAACCAUCAAGAACAAACAAGAUAAACUCGAUGAAAUGAAACAACAUUCUGACUUUGACAGAUACAUGACAGAUCCAAUACUAAGACAACAAUUUAAGGAAUUUUGCACUAAGGAACGAGCUGAGGAAAAUGUCAUCUUUUUGGAACAAGUAAUGGAAUAUAAGAAAUUAUCAAGAACUCACGAAAGAGCCAAGAAACAAAAGGAAAUUAUUGAAAUGUUUCUUUCUGAAAAUUCAGCAACACCAAUCAAUAUUUCAAAACAAGUUUUUACAACAGAAGUGAAGAAAAUUUUGGAAGGUUUUGGCCAAUUACAACUUUUUGAUAAUUUAGAAACAAUUAUUAAGAGUAUGCUCAUUUUGGAUAAGUUUAAGAGAUUUAUUUCACAAUUUGAAACAAGUCAAAUGACGACCAUUGAUACGGACAACAUGUCUAGCUCAGGAUCAAUCGCAUCAGAUGCCAGUUAUCAACACACUUUUACAUCAACUGAUUAA